AAAGCCCUCCAUGAUUAAGGUGCUAAUUUGAAGGGGAUCAUGGGAAAUCCACGCCAGGUGGAACGUUACCACAUAAAUAGAAACACGUAGAAAGCUCACAUCCGGACACAACCGCCGCCGACAUCUUGUGUAGCACAACUUGGCAGCGGUGUAUAUGCAUAUAUAAGUAGUUUACAGCCGCACAGUAGGGCAUUUUAAUGCCUUGUCGCGUCCAGAAUUUCAGAAACCAUCAGUAAAAUCGUCGAAAAGUCGCAAACGAUCAAGGUUGUGCUACACAAGAUGGCGGACUCGCGGCGACAAAAAAGUACGGCUCGUGAGUUUUCAACGUAAUGUAGUUCUGUGAGCGUUCCCUUGAAAGAGCCUGUAAAGGAACUGAUAUACAAACAGCUACGCUUUUUCUAUUAACGAUCAAUUCAUUUUGUAAUCACAAGCGAUUAAUAAAUAAAGUGUCUUCAUUUCCGUAUCCCACACAUAAAUGCGGACACAUUUAAAAGUACACUCAGGUGGCCGUCGCUUUCAUUUUGAAAUACGUCAGAAGUGUCUUAACAAGCAUCGCGAGCUACGUGACAACUACAUUUCCCACCAUGCCGGAGUUGUACGUCAUUUCCGGUGUGUGCACACGGAAUAGUUUCUUGCAAGUGUUGAAUAAAUUGCUGGCGAUUAAAUCCAGCGAGUGACUAUACUUGAGACCUGAGGAUACAUUGUUUUAACAGGUGUUAUGAACGACUAUGAAGUUGUGCGUCAGAUCGGAGAGGGCGCCUUCGGGAAAGCCUUUUUGGUGCGACCUAAAGGCGUAGCAGACGCACAAUGCGUAGUGAAGCAGAUCAAUCUCACCAAGAUGUCCGGCAGGGAGAAGGACGCCGCCAAGAAGGAAGUGGCCCUCUUGUCCAGCAUGGAGCACUCCAACAUCGUGGCCUUCUUGCGCUCCUUCCAAGAAAGCGGCAGCCUGUACAUCGUCAUGGAGUACUGCGAUGGAGGAGACCUGAUGAUGAAGAUCAGCACUCAGAGAGGAGUUUUCUUUGCUGAACAACAGGUCCUGGACUGGUUCGUUCAGAUCUGCCUGGGCCUUAAACACAUCCAUGACAGGAAGAUCCUGCACAGAGACAUUAAAAGUCAGAACAUCUUCCUCACUGAGCGAGGGCAGAAAGUCAAGCUGGGCGACUUUGGCAUUGCCAGGAUUUUGAAUAACACCAUGGAGCUGGCGAGAACUUGCGUCGGGACCCCACACUACCUCUCUCCUGAGAUCUGUGAGAGUCGACCUUACAACAACAAAACGGACAUCUGGUCUCUGGGCUGCGUCCUCUAUGAACUUUGCACUCUGAAGCAUCCUUUUGAAGGCAGCAGCCUGCGUCAGCUGGUCAGUAAGAUCUGCAGGGGGCGCUACAACCCGGUGGCCGGCCGCUACUCCUACGACCUUCGCCUGCUGGUCACUCAGCUUUUCAAGGUGAACCCUCGCGAUCGUCCCUCGGUGACAUCCGUCCUUCAGCGUCCUUUCCUGCAGAGACACGUGCACGCUCACAUGGACGCUCAGGUUGAAGACGUCAGUUACAAUAAAAAAGCACCAACAAUUCAGGCCUGUAGACCAACACCAGACAGGAAGGAGUGCAGAGCAGCUGUGAAGAGACUUCCUGUCAAACCAGCAUGGAGAGGCUGCGCCCCCAACCACGCACCCCUCCCCCUCAGAGCAGCCGGAGACGCCACAUGUCAUCAGAACCAAAAGCUUGGACAGUACCAGCAGUUCUUUGUCCAGCUGGACGCCCUCGAGGAGGCGGGCGCCUGUCCUCCGCAUCCUCCUCCACGUGAGCCCUUUGAAGACCACCUGGUUCCUUCUGUUGAACCCUACCAGCUAGUGGCAGCAGCUCGUGAAGAGUACCUUCAGAGACGUCAGGAGGCCAACCAGUACAAGCUGAGAGCGGAGAAGCAGCUGGGUCUGCGUCCGUGCACGGCGGAGGGCUGCAGACCUGCUGGCGGUCCAGAAGAUGAAACGCCACCGUGUGAACGCCAACAUACAGUUCAGGACAGGAAGCAAGAGAGUCAGCAGGUGGGAGUCAAGUGGAUUCCGCCUAGCAAACCAAGCGGGCUGAGAUGUUUCCAAACGUGUGUUCAGGAGUAUCUGAGGCAGCUUCAUGCCAUCAGACACCAGUAUCAUCAGGACAUGAGACAGAUGAGGCUGAGAGCCGAAGCUGAGAGCGUCGUCGAUCAGCCACCACACCAACAUGACACUUUUGUGAUGGACAAAGAAGAUGAAGCCCAAGCAGUGCAGGACAUUGAAGCGGCUUUGAAGGAGAUCAGGCAGGAGAACAGAAAGCGGAGGAAAGAGCUGGAGAAGAAACACAAGGACCAGAAAGCAGUCAUGUUUGAGAUCCGUCUGGAUGGAAAGGAUGGGAUGGAGGACACCACAGAGGAGCAGAAGUACCAAGAGGGAGUGGACCAUCUCAACCAGGAAGUCUCCUUGAAUUUGGCCAGGAGGGGCUGGAGCCAGAGACCUCCUGAGACGCUCCUGGAGGCGCUGGUCCACAUGGACUCGCUCUCCAGCACGGUAGCGGAGGCCCACCAAGGUGAGGACGAUGAGUCAGGUCGUCGGCAGUGGGUCCACCGCCCCCCCAAGACCCUAAUGGACGCGCUAGCGCAAGCUGACUUGGCGAGCCCAGACUCGCACAGGAAGGAGAACGAAGACGAUUCCGAUGUGGAGAUGGACGAAGAGCGCAUGGAGCCCCGGUCGGACGACGACGACACGAACUUUGAGGAGUCUGAGGACGAUCUCAGGGAGGCGGUGUCUGACUCCAUGAGGAACCUGCUAAUCAUGGACGACGAUGACGCCGAGGCAGGGGGCACAGAGACUCCCCACCAGAACCCAGAGGAAGAACCGCAUGCGGAGAAUGCUGAUGUCGCCGUCGUGGUUGUUCCCUCUCAGCCUGAAGGAGACGAUCCCGGAGACGAUCCCGGAGACGAUCCCGGAGACUCCUGCAGAGACGAUGGCGCUUCCAACACCAACCCGACGUCGUGGCUCUCCUGCUCCUGGUCAGCGUCCAUCCCUCCCUCCUCCAUGUUUGAACAGCCUCAACUUCAAUGGAAUGGAGUGUGGCUUCAGGAGGCUAUCAAACAUCAUUGCUGACAUCACUGUGUCACGUCAAUUCACCUCUGUUACACGUCGGAUUGACUCCAAAGGGGAAGAUGUCACAGAAGUAGCGUGGGGAUGUCAUCAGUGAGCGUCAUCGUGCCGAGGGGCGGUGCCAGACCACUGAUGUGACUAGAUGAGUCGUCGCCCAGCGCUGACAUCAGACAUCAGCGUGCAGCAGCGGACCUGCCGCCACACCAGCAUCCACCGCCACCACGACGACGACGACACCCGCCUCCUCAGGU